GCUGUCCGCACACGCAGCGUCGCCUCUGUCUCUCGCUCUCCACGCCGGCGUCGCACUCGCUGCGCACACUGCGCGGAGUCGUGGUGACCCUUCUCUCUCGUUCGUCGGAAGCCAUGGGGGAGCCUAGCAAAGAACUCCUGGACCUCCCAUCGGGGCCCAAUCCACCCUCCUUCAUCGAAUCGCUGUUCGCGGGCAGGGAGCAGCACAAGGGCACGCGGAAGGCGGGGCCUCCCACCGACCCACUCCCAAAGAGCCAAGUUCUUGGAAAAGUGAAGGAUUUCUUGGGAGAGAUGGCAAAGGCCAAUGAGAAAUUGCAGCUUGAUGCGCAGAACAAGCCUCCUGAGGAGUAUGACAUUGAAGCACUCACUGGAAAUGAAAAGGAAUAUAUUGAGAUGGAUUUGAUUCUCGGUGUAGCUGAUCUUCAUUCAGAGCAGGCUGUGGAUGCAGCUGAGGCGACAAUGAGCAGCUUCCCACCCUUGGGAAGUUCAUUUGCUAGCAGCUCAUCUGACUCAGAAGAUGAUAUCGAUGAAGAUGGUGACGAUGAGCCUGAAAUGCCUAGCAAAGAAAAAUGUGGCAAUCCAGAUAAACCGGAGGCUAAUCCAGCCAAAGGGAAGAAGCCCAAUAAAAGACAGAAGAUUGUUGUUCUCAACUAGUCAUCCUUGACAAACAACGGCAGGGAGCUUUGUUGCUUCUCAGGAACACCUAAGUUUUGUGCUGUGUGAUGCUCAGGUUAACUGGGGGCUGUAUCCUUAUGGGCUAAGUGAUGUCAUGCUCCACUCCAGCAAUACAAUGUGUGACAAUAUCGUUUGUUCUGAAAUAGCGUUCCAUGUACUAUCCUGUUUCCUUCACGAAUUGUUCAGGUGCUUAAUGCCCUUGAAGAGAACACAGAAUGGGGUUCUAUGUA